AAUUAAAGUUGAAAACAGCAAUAUAAUUACACACACACCCAACAUAAUCAAUUCAAUUUAAUCUCCAAAAUUAAUCUUCCCACCUCUAUCCUACGCCCACCUCACUCCCCUGCUAAAACGCGCCUCUAUCAUCAACUACAAAAUUUCUGUAACCGUUUUUCUUUGUGUUGAGAACACACUCACAUGAAACUUCCACUUUCUUCUUCUUCAACCUUUUUCGAAAUCUCUCUAAAAUCAAAAUGGUGAGGAGUCACCGGUUUAGUUACCGGUUACUCCUUCUCCUUCUACUAAUCUUCGAAACGACACGACGUUUAACCACCGCUGAUCCAAACGACGAAGCGUGUUUAAAAAACCUCCGGCAAAACUUAGAAGAUCCGGCGAGUAAUCUCCGUAACUGGACAAACUCCGUCUUCUCAAAUCCAUGCUCCGGCUUCACCUCUUACCUCCCCGGAGCUACCUGUAACAACGGAAGAAUCUACAAACUCUCUCUCACUAACCUCUCUCUCCGCGGCACAAUCUCACCGUUUCUAUCAAACUGUACAAAUCUCCAAUCCCUAGAUCUAUCAUCAAACCAGAUCUCCGGUAUCAUCCCACCGGAGAUUCAGUUUCUCGUUAACCUCGCCGUGUUAAAUCUCUCAUCGAAUCAACUCUCCGGCGAAAUCACUCCGCAGCUAGCUCUAUGCGCUUACUUAAACGUAAUCGAUCUCCACGAUAACCAACUAUCCGGUCAGAUUCCGCAGCAAUUAGGUCUUUUAGCUCGGUUAUCGGCGUUUGAUGUGUCGAAUAACAAACUUUCCGGUCAGAUUCCGACGUAUUUGUCGAAUAGGACUGGGAAUUUCCCGAGGUUUAACGCGAGCUCGUUUAUAGGGAAUAAAGGAUUGUAUGGUUAUCCGUUGCAGGAGAUGAUGAUGAAGAGUAAAGGAUUAUCGGUGAUGGCGAUUGUUGGGAUUGGACUUGGGAGUGGAAUCGCGAGCUUGAUGAUUAGUUUUACUGGUGUUUGUUUAUGGUUGAGGAUUACUGAGAAGAAGAUUGUUGAAGAAGAAGGUAAGAUUAGUCAAUCUAUGCCUGAUUACUAAACUUAAUUAAGGAUUUUUUUUUUUUUGCUUAUUAAUUACGGCUUUGAAGAGGAUUCUUUUAUAUGUGUGAGUUCUUUUAUUUGGGAUUUUGAUUUUUCCCUUAAUAAUUUUUUUUUAAUAUAUUUAUGUUUCACUUCUGUUUUUAGGAAUGAGAAUAUUUUGUAAAUCUAGUAAUAUAUAUGCAAGGCGAAGCAGAAAUGGGAUAAUAAAUUACAUGUAA